CAUGUUGAACGUAUGGGUUUGGUAACGCGAUCCAACAUUGGAGCAUGGCACAGAAGGUGUUUGCACGUUUUGCGCGUUCACGCGUCACCACCUAGCGCUCCCCCUCCUUGCUGUUUCGGUUUUUUUCUCCCUUCGUGGCAAUCCCGCGAUUUUAGGUACGUGAUUGUGUGCGUAUUUCCGAAAAAGCGGAAAAGUGCGACUGAACAAUGCAAUCCAGUAGCGUGAUGCUGGUGGUUCUGUUCCUCGGAGUGCUCUGCCGGGCCGCACCCCCCAGCACGGAGAUGGUGACCCUGGAAGUGGAGUUGGGGGCCAUGGCGAUCUUCCCCUGCAACGGCUCCUCCUUUCUGGGGCUGGGGGCCGGCGGGGGCCCAGGGGGGCCCGGGGGAGAGGAGGAGGAUGAGGGGGGGCUGUUCGUCUGGGAGGCCAUGGGGAAGGACGUGGUCGCCUUCAAGGACGGGGCCAUGGUGGAGGGCUCCCAGUACGAGGGGCGUGUUCACCUGGCGUCUGAGGACAGUGUCCUGACGGGUGAUUGGUCGCUGGUUCUGGAGGGGGUGCGGCACGCCGAUGUCAACAUGUACGAGUGCAUCGUACCGGGGAGAAGGACCCUGGCCAAUGUGUGGCUGAGCGUGGAGCCUCCUGAGGGGCAGACCCUGUGGGUGAACGCGUGGCUCGGGGACUCCACCUACCUGAGCUGUGAGGCCCCAGAGGCGGAGCGCUCACAGGACCUCCGCUUCUGGUGGGAGAAGGACGGGGUCCCGGUGCCGCACGACCAUGAGGAUGAAGAUCGUUUCCACGUGGAGACGGACGGUAACCAUGUGGGUCUGAUCAUCAGCCAGGUACUGAUCACCGACAGGGGGGUCUACCACUGCUUCUUCCAAUCACGGCCCUCUCCAGAGCCGAGGCGAGGGUCUCCAGAAAUCGUGAAAUUGACCGUUUUGGGAUCGGAGCACUUGGACGACGAGGAGAUGGGCCCCGAGGCGACUCCAUCGACGGAGCCUUCUACGCCACAGGAUGAGGAGGAGGAGGUGCCGACCCCCUCGGACCCCACCCUGCUGGAGAGCCCCCUACUCCUCUCCGAUGACACCCUCGGUGGGCAGGACAACAGCCAUGGGGAUGAUGUGCCCUGGGUUCGAAUCACCAUCAUGACCAGUGUUCUGACCAUCACUGCCGUCACGCUUUGCAUCCUAAGAGCCCGGUACAUAAUCUGACCAUAGAGCACGCCUUCGAUCAGUAUCUGAGAUCGGAAGUUAGAGCCGCAGCGAUUUGACCAUUCAGAGAAAAGAUGUGCAAAAAAUGUUUGAGAUCUUUUCUAUGGGAAGCUCAUUCACAAAACAUUGUGUUUUCUUUUUACAAAUAUUUAUUGCGCGAAUCCGUUAUGUGCAAUCUUUGGAAUUUCCGUAGUGUUUUAUCGAGUAAUAAAAAAAUAGUUUUAUCAUUUAUCUGGGAAGCAGAACCCGAGGGACCCAAAGCACUAAGAGUGUGGAUUUCGGUAAAUAUUUUAUUUCAUGACCCCCCAGAAAAUAAAUACAUUUUAUUUAUAAAAUAGUAUUCUCAACUUCUAAACGUCUUUAAACGAAAAAAAUAAA